AAACGAUCAUUUAUUUUUUUUAUAUUUACAUUUAAUAUUGUUUAUAUAUAUAAUAAUGUAUUCAAAUAUAGUUACAGGAAAAUUAAAAUUAAAAGGUUCAACACCAGAGGCACCAUCACAUGGUAAAAAGAAAAAAAAGUCAAAAAAGGAUAAAGAACCAAAAGAAGAAGUUGUAAAUAAUAACAAUAAUGAUAAUGAAGAGGAAAAUAGUGCUAUCAAAGUUUCAAAAACAUUAACCGAGGCUGAAAAAAGACACAGAGAAAAACUUGCAAAGAAGGAACAAAAGAGAAUUGAUCAAUUAGUCAGUAAAUCUCAUAAAGAAAAAAUUGAAGAGUAUAAUAAAUAUUUAUCAAGUUUAUCCGAACAUCAUGAUGUUCCAAAAGUUGGUCCUGGUUAAUUAAAAAUAAUAAUUAUAAUAGUAAUAAUAGUAAUAUAAAUAUAAAAUAUAUAAUAAUUAUUAAUAAUUAAUUUUGUAAAAUUGUGUAAAUAAAAAAAAUCAAUAAAAAUUUUAUAACUUU